CCUGCCUGUAGAGUUCACUAUUCACUACUACCUUUUUAAGCCCUUGACAUUACUUCUCAGCUCGUCGAUCUGGUUGUAAGAUCACCCUGGUCAUAAAAAGCCGAGGAUCCGCCUAGAUAUGGCACCUGCCAAACGGGGUCCUAGCGUACCUCGUCCUGGAGCGGACUGGACGUGGACGCCCGAGAUAGACUCGCUCGACAGGGAUCUCACGCAGGAACACCUCGAACGGGCGUUGGGACUGAGGAGCGGGAGGAGGUGUGAGAACAAGGUCGCAGUGGCUUUGGAGUUGGAAAGAGCUCGGAGGGGGGAUGACGACGAAGAUGAGGAUGAGAUCGAGGAUGACGAGGAUGAACAAGAAAAGGGGAAGAAGGAAGACGGGAAGGCCCAGGAAGUGGAAGUGAUCGACAUCGAUGCGGAAGACGGUGAACUGAAAGUACGAUUCCAAACCACGAGGAAACGAACAGCAUUCUCUUCCCGAGGUCGAGGCGGAGCUAGCCGAGGUGGAACACGGAAGUCCCCCACCACCAAUGCCACCACUACCAACUCUGCACCUGCUCUUACGGCAUCAUCGUUGAGAAAGAGGACCAAAAUCAACUCCGCCUCGAAGAACGGAGCAGUAGGGCCCCCUUGUACGACCAAUUGGUGCAAAGGAAACUUGUUGUGCUUGAAUUCUGUUGGAGGAAAACAGUGGUUAGAUCCCGCUGCCAAAGAAACCUUCUUCCGGCUUCAUAAACUCGGUCCAAACCCGGGACUGGAACAGCGGGAUCCGGUUUUGCCGGUUGGAUUGAGAAAUUUGGGGGCGACUUGUUACGCGAACGCUUUCCUUCAGCUAUGGUACAGGAUCUUGCCGUUCAGAGCGGCCGUCUAUGCAUGUGCCACGGACCCGAAAAUGCCUAGCACUAGCCCUUGCUUUCAACUCGCACUCACCUUCACGGGCUUGCAGAAAUCCGCUCGGUCUGUGUUCGACCCAGCUGGGCUGGUCGAGGCUUUGAGGUUGGAAAAGGGGGAUCAACAAGAUGCUAGCGAGUUUUCGAAAUUGUUCAUGGCAUUGUUGCAAACCGAGUUUAGCAAGAAUGAAGAUGCAAAAGUCAAGUCUGUCAUCAAUGACCAGUUUGAGGGCAAGUUGAAGUAUAGGACAGAGUGUAUGACUUGUGGCUAUGUCAGUGAACGACCGGAGAACUUCCUUGAGCUGGAGAUCAGCAUGGAGGGUUCCGAAUCAAGCCUGAUCAACCGCUUGCAAAAGUCACUGGAGGCCGAAACGCUAGACGGAGACAACCAAUACCGAUGUUCGCGUUGCGACCAACUUCGGGACGCCCGACGAUCCGUUCAGAUCGACUCGGUACCGCCUACCUUGAAUUUUAGCUUGCUACGCUUCGCCUUCGAUCCCAAGACGUUUGAUAGGAAGAAGAGCAAGACGACGAUCAAAUUCCCGCCGAGAAUCAAUAUGAGACCGUAUAUGAGCGAUACGGAGGGGAAAGAGCUUUGGUACGAGCUGAAAGGUGUGAUUGAACACAAGGGAACGAGCGCGCACCAUGGUCACUUUGUGGCCAAGGUUUACGAUAGCGAAGCACAACAAUGGAUUCUUUGUGACGACGAGACGACUACCAAGAUACGACCGAUGACGACUCUUCCAGUAAUGCAAGGCAACGGCACGACUAGUAACGAAGCGAUCCUGAUUGACGAUCCGAUCGAGGAUGACGAUGACGCGGACGAGCUCAAUCUGAAGAGCGGCGCAACAAACGGCAAACGCCCUCUUCCAAAGAACCACGCUCGCAGGAGCAAAAGUCGAGAUGACGAAGUGAUCGUGAUCGGGAGCCGAUCAAGACAAAAGAGCACGACAGCCGAGGUUCCAGCUCAAUUACAUAAAAGCCAACAGGCAUAUAUGCUUGUUUAUGGCCUGGCAAGCGAUGAUGAUACGGAACACAAUCCUGUCUCAAUACCAGCGAAGCGGACUGUUGAACAGAUUGAAGCUCAGAACCUCGCUUGGGAGGCUGACGGAGAGGCAUUCGAGAAAAAACAGGCAGCGCUUGCCGCCGAAUUCGACCGCAUCAAACAAGCUAAGAUUGAUAUUGUAUCUACUUGGGAUGUUGAGGCAGAAGAGGACGGCCGCUUCGUCUACCUCAAAACUUUAGUCAAUUGGGUUGAACGAGGAUUGAUCGAGAGACCAGACGUGAUACCAAAAGCAUCGCAACAGCGGGUAGAUUCGCGGAUUGAUCUGGUUAUGAACGAAGAAGAGCAGAUCAACGGAAAACCGGUUGGUAUGGCAAGUGGCGACGCAGAGGUUACCAAUGGACAGAAGGAGGUACCACCCCCAGAAAGGAGCGCGAACUCAGACGUGAAAGAUGAAACGGUACAAGUAGACGAUGGCGAAGUUGAGAUGAAACCUCCAGCUAUGGAGACGAUUGAUGGAGCCAAGGAGAACGAUAAAACGCCCCCAGUCACCGAGCCUAGCGACGACUCGGAUCCUCUGCGGUGUGCCCUGUCAAAUAGGAGGAUUCGCUGUGUCCACCACAAACUGAACCCGGAUAAGGGCUAUGACAUGCGUUACAUUUCAAAGGAGGCCCAUGAUAGGAUGAAGGCCUUGGGAGCGAUAUUCGAUUAUGACUUUGGCAAAGAAGACAUCUGCAAAAUCUGUGUAACCGAAGAGUACAAUCGGCUUGACGACGAUGAUGUGCAUUGGGACGCAGUUCAGGAGUUCAAAGCAGCACGCGAAAUGAAACCGUCGCAGACGGACGUCGCUUUUUUGGUUUCUUCACAGUGGCUGAAAGCUUGGCGUAAGGAGAUAUGGCGAGAUCUUAAAGACGAAAAGGGAAAAGAUUGGUGGGAUCGGUGUAAAGCCGAAAUCUAUUGCCUGCAUCAAGCUGCCAAAACCCCCGAUCAGCGUGGAUCAUGUGAGAUGGUCAAUAGCAUGGCUCAUGCCAUUCUGCUAAGCGAUGAUCCAGACGCGAUCGCAGUGUCGUCAGCCGAUGAGUGUAGACAAUGUGGUGAAGAAGAAGAGAAACUCAAAAUUGCCAAAUCUGGCGACAUCCGUCAAGCCGAGACCGAGCAGGCUCUUCUCAAGACGGUGCUGCGAAAAAAAGACGGCGACGGGAUCGUCCUAGUGGACGACGUUGAUAAUUACAUCAUCCCUACGUCCUUCUUCCGCAAUUGGCAGAGUUACGUCAAAGAUCCGGUGCACAACCCUCGACCGUCUCUGUCCAACGAGCCCUUCUUAUGCGCGCAUGGUCAAAUUAAUGUCGACUUUGGCUACAACCCGGACAAAAGAUCGACCAUACUAUAUACCCUCUUACCGUCUGACUGGCAACAAUUGCAAAGCUUGUAUACCAUGAAGGACAACGAAAUCAUCACGGUUCACCCUUCUCGAAGCGGGAAGUUUGGGGCGCUUCCCGUGGUCAACAAGGAACUCUGCAAGCCUUGUUGGCAAGAACGGAUCACGGGAAAUGCCGAAAAGAUCAGACUCUGGGUCAGGCUGGCGGAGGAUGGGUUAAAAGUUCCAGGGGAACCGAGUGCUCCAGAAGAGAACGCGAUGGAAGUGGAAGAGCCCCGACAAGACGUCAAGAAGCAGUCAAACGGGUCGGGGCGGAGGAAAUCGCCCAUCGAGAUCGACGCAAACGAAUCAUCGGCGGCAACGCGCCGCUCGAACAGGUUGAUCGAUCGAGGUAGCAAGGUGAAAGAGGAGGCGUUUACUUUGCGCAAGCACGAGACUUUGCUCGACCUGAAAAAGGAGAUCGAAUACGCCUGGCAUAUUCCAGCUUUUUACCAACGACUUCAUCACGAUGGCCACGAUAUUGACGAUAACACGAUGACGAUCACCGGCGCUAGUCUCGUGUUUGACGCUGUUGUCUAUGUCAAGAACUGUGCCGAGGAGAUGCACGGAGACAUGGACGACAUCGAGCAUGUACCUUCGACACGAGCGGAGCGAGCUGCUGGCGGAUUUCACAAUACUCUCUUACAUGGCUUGCCCGUUGACGAAUCGAGCAGCGAAGAACCAACGGAGGCUGCACCCGAGGUGGAGAUGGACGAGACCGUGCCCGAAUCGAAAGCAUGUCCUGCAUGCACUUUUAUCAACCAGCCCGGAUUUCUGAUCUGUGAAAUCUGCGAAGCGCAGCUCUAACGACACGACUCAUACUACCUACCACACCUGAUCUCCCAUAUUCUAACUCCGAGGGACUUUCAUGUCUCUAAUCUACACUGCCCUCGAGGAUUCGGUAACCCUGCCAACACUUUGU